AUGGCGAUGCUACGAGCCACCAGAGCAGCCAUUAAAGCAUGUGCUUCCUCUUCUUCUUCGGGUUACUUCGCACGUCACUUUCAUGCAUCUUCUGGUGAUACACAAAAAAUUGUUGGAGUUUUCUACAAGGCCAACGAAUACGCUUCCAAGAACCCUAACUUCCUUGGCUGCGUCGAGAACGCCUUAGGAAUCCGCGACUGGCUAGAAUCAAAAGCACAUGAGUACAUCGUAACCGAUGACAAAGAAGGCCCUCAUUGCGAACUUGAGAAACAUAUCCCGGAUCUUGACGUCCUAAUAUCAACUCCAUUCCACCCGGCAUAUGUGACUGCUGAAAGAAUCAAGAAAGCCAAGAACCUGAAACUUCUCCUCACGGCUGGUAUUGGCUCGGAUCACAUCGACUUGCAUGCAGCUGCAGCCGCUGGUCUGACGGUUACGUGGUCUCAGUAG